AUGCCGUCUGCUGGAUGUUUCGAUACCUUCAGGGGUCUGUUUUCACCAGGUCAUAUUAAUGAUGUCCACAAUAACAACAAUGGUUCUUCUACAUCCUCUAUCGAUGGAUCAUCCAUCUCAGGCACCUCUUCAGGGAUUCAAGCCCCUUUAGCAAUCGUCGAUAUGGGCAGCAAUGGUAUUCGUUUCGGAAUUAUUGCCUCAAUGGAUCGCCAUUUACCAGUACUGUAUGAGGAAAGAGCGUCGAUUUCAUUGUAUGAAGCACAACAGCCGAUUAGUGAAGAGGUCAUGGAUGAGGUCGAGAGAACAUUUAAGCGCUGGCAGGCAUUGUGUCAUCAAGCCAAUGUUGAAACCGUACGCGUCAUUGCCACUGAAGCCACAAGAACGGCCCCCAACUCUGAACAAUUUCAAAAGAGGAUCUAUAAUGCCACUGGUUGGACCGUCCAAUUGCUAACCAAGGCACAGGAGGCCAAUAUUGGUGCUCUUGGUGUAAUAGCCUCAUACCAUACUGUCAAGGGUUUGUUCAUGGACCUCGGUGGCGGAUCUGUCCAACUUAACUACAUCAUUCGAGGUCCCAAGGAUGGUCACGGAGAGAGUAGCCCCAAUGCUCAAUCUUGGCCAUAUGGCGCAGCUGCCCUUUCAAGACGACUGAAUAACUGUGGCAAGAAUCAGGCUGCACGACAAGCCAUCUAUGAUGAAAUGGUCCAAGCAUUCAAACAAGGGCUCGAGGACAUUAACAUUGCUCCCGAGAUUAAAGAAGACAGUGAGGGCGGAUAUAGAAUGUACCUCUCUGGGGGGGGAUUCCGUGCUCUAGGAUACUUGCUGAUGGCCCGAAAGGUGAAAGAUAACAAGGAAGACCAUGCUAAUAGAAGAUAUCCCAUCCCCAUCAUCAACGGAUACAUGGCCUCUGCGAAGGAACUAGCUGAAAUCGUAGAAGAAUAUCGGUACUUGGAUCCAGAUGAGGUCCAAAAAAGCUUCCGAGUCUCGAAACGUCGCGCCAAGCUGAUUCCCGCCUGUGCGACCUUGAUGGCUGCGGCCAUGAAGGCGAUUCCCAUCAAGGAAGUGUUAUUUUCAGAGGGCGCCUCUUCUUUUUCCUCUUCCUCUUCUGGAUCGGAUAAGCACAAGGGAUUACCAGAUAAAGAUGCAGCGGGGCUUCAAGUCUUUAUCAACAGUCUCGAGCGCCUUGUCCCUCUUUUGGUCAUGGUAUUGAACUGUUACAAUCAGAUGCCUAAAGAAGCCAGAUCCACAGCCGCAUGGCGGCUGUUUUUACCUGGAGGAGCGCUUGCGAAUUGUUAUGGAUUGACUCAUAGUGAUCGUGCCAUCUUGGCUACAGUCCUUGCAGAACGUCAUGAUGGUGAUCUUGCGGACCCAGAUACGGCCAAUGUCGUCAAGAAACUGAUCCCAGGCGGUAAAGUCGCUCGUCAGGCUGCCAAGUACCUCGGCAAGAUACUGGAUCUAGCCGGUCUUUGUUCGCCUCUGCCUGGUAUAGCCACACUAUUGCUCGGUGGCGGUGGGGCACCGAGACAUGGCGGUGGUAUCCUAUUUGAACAAGUUCCUGAGCAGAGUAACGGCGGCCGUAGAAACCGACGGGACAAUGAAAAGACGCGCGUUGAAGGGGAGCCAUCUGAGGACGAGCAAGGACCUGAAGAUGAAGAGAAGGUUGUAGUCCUAGCAGCAGGUCUGCUCCCCUCAGGAGGCAUUGCUCAUGGACAGGUAGCGCUUCGUAUAGACAAGACUUCCAAGGGACAUCCAUUAUUGAUGGCACCCAAUGUCCAAGCGGCAGUCAAAGCCUUGGCCGAGGCUGCAGCCAGCACCCAUGGCUUUACUAAAUCGCUUUUCGAUGACGAGUCAAGCGAUGACGAGGGCAAGGGCAAGGGCAAGGGCAAGGGCAAGGGUAAGGGUGGCAAGGGCAAAGGCAAGGACAAGGAUAAGAAUACCCAUCUUGAAUAAGAAUAGAUGUCAAGAUGUGAGAUUAGAUCAGCUUAAGGC